AUGACCCAAUGUUGUCAGGUUCAAAGGGCCAAAGAUUACCUCUUUAUUACGUACCUACCAUCGUCCAAACCAUCCGAAGACGAGAAGGCCAGAGCUCGUCUUCAGGUGCGGUCACAUGCUGCACAGAAACGAUAUGAUCGAGAUAACGGCAACGUGAAUGUCCAGAAUAAGCAUCUACAUGGACGGUCUGACUCCACCAUCUCGAAUACAAACACUGCCACGGCUUCAGCGUCUGAAGCUGAGUCAUCGUCCUUCGUGCCACACCUGCCGAGUCCACGUAUUGCCUUCACGGAUGAUGAUCAGCAUGCAUCAGCCGAAGUGUAUUCCCAAGAUCGCAGUCUCAGUCAAUUACAAUCACGUACCCCCAAACACCUGACAAACCGAAUUGGGGAUUCUCCAUUUGCCAUUGCCGGCAUUGAGCGCUUCGGGUCGGGGUCUCGGGACCCUUUUCACAGCUAUCCGCCCAGAUGCCCGUCAGCAGGCUCAUUUGAGAAGUGCUUUACUUACAGUGUGUAUUCCCUUGCUCCUUCAGACAUGACGUUCUCUAAGUUGAUGUUAAGACCAGUCUAUUUUAUGGCCUUCCUUGAUCCCUAG